AUGAUGGAACACGAUUCCACUUCAAGCUCGCCCACUGGGCCAGAACAGUCCCGGGUCACGCCCGACGGCCGUGCUUCCUCGUCAGAGUACCAGGGCCACUCCAGCGUAAGCAGUGGCAGGAUGGCUAGCACCUUGUCAUCAAGCCCCAUGAACAUGAGUCCACCGGGUUUGGCUGCGGCCGGUCACCAUUCUCGCGUCUCAAACGGUUCGAUCUCCGACCAAAGCCCGAACCAGCAGACAAACUCUGCCACUUCCGGAACUGACCUCCCAGUCGACUUUGAGACCGCUUCCAGAUGCAUGUAUCGUGGUGACUGUCAGACUGGCUCGCAGCUGCGCAAGGCCAUCUCGCACAUCUUCGGCCGCAACAAACUGUGCACACGCAUGAUUCCGACGGGCGUCUGGGUCCAUUACUGCCGCAAGCAUUACCAGCGAACCAGAUAUCGCAAUGGCGGUGAGUAUCCACAGCGCCAGAUCGGCCUCGUUCAGGAGCAAAUCCGCCGGGUGCAGGCCUGGAGCGAUAGCAAUGCCCAGCAAAGCCGCGGCCCUGUUCUCAAGGACUGGUCAUUGUCGGUCCGCAAGCGGGAGCAAAUGCGGCUGGACAGCAAGAUGGCGGCCAGCGGCAAGAAGCGGCCGUUCCAUGAGGAUGGCAUGGAGGACGAGGAAGAGAAUUUUGACGAAGACCGCGCUGAGAUGAGCGGUACGGCUGUGCCUGAGUGGGUGGUUGCUCAGAUUGGUGAUGGCUUUUCCACGGCAGGUAUCCUGGAGGUGGUUGAGCACCUCAAGUCCGAUAUCAACCAGGGCCGUCUGCAGCAGAUCCCCGACAUUGAGAUCUUGCCCAACAUUGUCACCGAUAGCAACAGUGACGAGCCGGCCUCCAAUAACACGGCCAAGAAGACCUACACCAAGCGGCGAACGGCUUCCUCGUCUGGUUUUGCUGCCGGUGGCCAUCGCCGUUCUCAGUCUGUCAAUACGUCCGCGCUCCGGUCCGACUCGAUUCCCAUGGCCCGCCGCAGCAGCCAGCCCAACAACCACCUGGCAGCCUCAGGCCGUUCGUUCGCUUCCGAGUACCAUCACCUGCAGCCUCCCAUGGAGAAACGCCAGCGUAUUGACGGUGAAGGCGUGCUGGGAAUGAGUCACCAGCAUCAGCAACAUCAUAGCCUAGGUGGCAUGUCGGAUCGCUUUGAACACCCCAUGGCAGCGCGUUCCAGUUUCAACAGCCGUGUGCAGCUCGCCCAUCGCCCGGCAUUCACCGGCAUCCGUGAGAGCCAUGCUGAGAGUCAUGCCGAGAGCCAUAUUGAAAGCCAAGCCAGCUACUAUGACCAUCAGCACCAGCGGUAUGGCGACAAUGCCGGCGACUUUUAUGCGCAUCAACGGCCCAUUCCUGAGUCGACAACUUCGCACGGUGACUAUAGAACUGAUCACCGCUCUUCCCAUGACUUUGAGGUGCGCCGUGAGCAUGAGCGUCAUCACAGCACACCUGGCGGGUCUGGCCAGACCGAUGCUGCAUAUAGCGUUCUUCCCGCACCCAACCCUCAGCGGUUCGGCAGCAUGCCGGUUGCACAACAGCUGGAGUCGCAGCAGUACAUUUUGAACUCGACCUCGGCUGCCGCGCGUCGGCCUAAUGUGCACCAGCGGUCGCAGUCCGAGGCGGGCUUCAUGCACCACUCAUCGUCGCACUUUGAACGACCGACCUCAUCUGGUAGCAAUGCGCUGCCGCCUCUCCAGUUCAACGCCCCAUCGCGAUUCACUACCGAUUGCCUCACUGGCACCAAUAAAAACGGCUGUCGCCACGCAGAAGAGAUGCCCAGGGCGACUGACUACCCACCCUAUGCCACGCACCAGAGUCAUGCAAGCUACGGCGGCCAGCAGGCCAUCAACGCAAGUUCUCACCGUGUCAAUUACGGUCACGCCCACAGCCACAGCAUGAACCAUGGCCCCGCUCAUGGUCAUCAUCACCAACACGCCCACAGCUACAGUACAAACCAGCAAGAGCACAGCAGCAGUCAAUACGUUUACAACUCGUCCAAUCGGUAUUUGGAGGAUGGGCGCAACACCCAGCAGCAACAAUACCAGCCAGCCCAACCCCAGCCACCUGCACAUACCACUGCCCCUGCUUAUGAUCCCGCUGUGGCUCCCACUCAGCCUUUGGAUAAGUUUGAGGGUGUGCGGUUGGCGCCUAUUCAAGAUCUUGUUCAGUCGCUGAACCCGCCGGUUACAACUAAGGCGACGCUCGCCAUGCAGCACACGCCCACUCCAGGCAGUGAUGCCGUUCAGACUCCGAUUUCGGCUCCUGGUGCCACCCCCAAGCCUGGUCCGGCAGAAGGCGCCGAUCGUACCCUGCAGUCGCAGUCGUCUGACGCCGACUAUCUUGGCCACCCGCGCCAAGAUAAGUCAUCAGCUGUGUCACGCCCGCUGGCACUGACCAAGGAGACCACCAGCGUUGCGAUGCCUGCUACAUACACUCGCCCCAUCAGCCCCGUGGCCCAUUCAAUCUCGCCCGUUCCGCAAGCACAGGCGCAGGGUACCUGCUAG